AUGGUGCGCAGCAAAGCCGCACAAGCGAAGCGCAAGCGCUUGGAGGCUGACGGCUCGGGCGCGCCGCCGCCGCGCCGCCCCAAGACAGACAAGCAGCCCAAGGAGGACGAUGGCCUCGACCCGAAGCGCGUCUACGUCUCGCGGUUACCGAAGACGUGGACCGACGAGGUCCUGGCCGAGAAGUGCGGAACGCUUGGUACCGUGGCGCGCGCAUCGGUGAUGCUUGAUGCGGCCACGAACGCGUCGCGCGGCUUCGGCUUCGUGGUCUUCGACGACGAGAGCGGCAAGGCCGCCGCCCUCGAGGCGAAGUACAUCAAAGGGAGGCUACCGGACCGGUCGCGCUACGCGUGCAAGGUGUCGGACGUGAACCGCGGGUCCGACGACGUGUGCCGCCUCUGGUUAGAGAGAAGGUGCCCGCACGGCGACUCGUGCAAGUUCUCGCAUCCCGUUGGACGCGGGGGACCGCUCGUGGCGUCGCAAGCGUCGGUGAAGAAGUGCCUCGAGUUCCGCAAGCGCGGCAGGUGCUCGCGCGGCGACGCGUGCCCCUUCGCGCACGUCGCGAAGGAGAAACCAGCGCCUCCUGUGGCGAACGGCCCCAAGCGGUGCUUCACGUGGGCGAAGAAGGGGAAGUGCCGGAAGGGGGAUCGGUGUAAGUAUGCGCAUACUUAG